CUGUGACAUAACACGGACGAAAAACAUGUUAAUCGGAUUUAAUUCUUAAAAUUGAUACGUUUUUUCGCAUAAGUUCUGUGAUUUGUGAAUUAUAAAAUGUACACAUUAUACAAAUCGGUGUCCCAGUUGCCGCUGCAUCAUGCCGCGAUCCGAGUUUCUACGGUAAGUCGGCUGCUUAGCUCCACACGAGUUAGCCAACAGCAGAACUCGCCAUCAUCAGCGGAGGUGGAAAAAAUAGUCAUUCCCCGGCGAAUCGAGCGGGGACCGACGGACAUCCUCAAUGCUCUGUCCGCCACGGUGGGAUACGAUCCGACGGCUGCUCACUUCAAGUAUCACGACGAUCCGUAUCUGAUUCCGAUGUCGAACAUGAGCCGGAAGACGUAUGCUAUGGCCCAGGAAGCCGGCCGGAAGGCAGCCAAGUGGAUCCGGCAGGAGAAUACUAAACUGUUCCAGCACAAGGAAGCCGAUCCACCGAUUGAAGCCUAUGUCCCCACGAUGAUUUACACUGAGGAAAGUCAGGUUCAGGCUACCGACUUGAAGCAGCUGAUCGAGCACGUUCAAAUUCAGGAUGCUAUUUUAGUCUACAAUUUAUUGAAGAAAAAUAACAUCGAGGUAGAUCAAGAGCUCAAACAAUCUCUGUUGGAAUUGCUCUGUUUUUUCAACCACGAGGAAGCGCUCGAUGAAGAGUUUAUCGAAGAACGUUGGUUCCGGCAAGGAUCGAACAACAGAGGAAGGCUACGAAAAACAUGGAAAGAUUAUGAACUCGCCGAGCAAAUAUUCCACGAAAUAGAGCAGAAAAAACCGGAGCAUUAUGCUGCAUUGAUUAGAGGGAUGGCGAAGUACUGCCAAGUGGAAAAAGCCUGGGCGUUAUAUCAGGAGACUAUUGAAAAAGGGAUCAGCUUGGAUACAAACACGUUUAAUAGUUUGCUCCAGAUAGCUUCAUUCUUGAAGGAGAGCUAUGAAAUGCGCUGGGAAUUGACGUGUGAUGUUUUGAGUGCAAUGAAAAGCCAAGGGCUGAAACCAAAUGUCGGCACACUGAAUGCUAUUCUCCAAACGAUCACCACUAUUGGUGGUUACAAUCAUCCACGUUCCUAUGCAUUGAAAACACUUUCAGAAUUCAAGAAACUUGGUAUAGAACCAUCCUUAGCAAGUUGGUACUACGUAUUGGCUAUCUUCUGCAGAGAACGAGGACCUACUAGCCAUGUGCUGCACGACAUAAUGAAUGAAAUUGAAAAUAAGGAGUUUGAGAUAGUUGACCCGAAGGACACUUUCUUCUUUGUAACUGCUAUGGAUGUUUGCCGGAACCAUCUCCAGGAUAAGGAUCUGGCCAAACGAGUCAACAAACUUUUACAUUUCAAAGACAAUUAUAACCUCAUCGGAGAUUCCUACAAAGAAUCGAUCUAUUAUCGACAUUAUUUCACCAUCCUGUGUAAUUCUGAACCAUUAGAAUCAUUCAUGGAAACUUACAAUCUUCUGGUGCCCAACGUGUAUAUCCCGGAACCAUCGGUGAUGGAAGACAUUCUUAAAUCCAUCGAUGUGAAUUGUGCAACCAACUACAUACCGGAAAUGUGGUCUCACAUGAUCCAAUUCGAUCACACCAAUCGAGAAAGUCUUCUCUCACUAGUGCUUCAAAUAAUGAUCACAAAUCCUCCGAAAGACAAUCCCGACCUAACACAAAAAUUCACCACAAUCGCUUGGAACAUGUUCGUGCGACAAGAGGAAGCGCAACAGAUGACAAAUAACAGUGCCGCCAAAACCGGACUAUCUGGAGUUAUACUUGGUGACAUCCUGACCAUUUGCUGCCGAGGAAAAGAUUUCGAAAAAGCUAAGCGUCUGUUCGAAAAGCUUAACACAGAACAGAACUCCAUCGUAGGGGACCCCAAACUAGAAAGCCUCCGAUCGUUCAUACAGUUUUGUAUAGACGAGAAACAACCCACCCUAGCCAUAGGAUGUCUGCAGUUCUGUGCCGAGAAUGGGUAUCCGGAAAGCAGCGAGCUGGGGCGUACCAUCGUGAGCUCGAUGACCCUGCAUGAAUCGCAUUUGGCCAAGAUCCGGCGAUACGUCGGUGUUGAGGCUGUAACGAAAGCCGAAAAACAUCAGGAACAGUAAAAUGUAGGUACCGAUUUUUGUUUUAAAAAUGAAGUUGUAAGACCUAGGAAUGA